GCGACAUCAUUCGCGUACCGGCGGCACGUCGCGUCAGUCGUCGUGUACGUGUACGCGCGCGUGUUUGCCGCUCUACAAACUGCACCAGACCGGUGGUGCGCGCGUGUUGUUGUGUGCGCGUCAAUCGUAUACACAUAAACACAUGCACUAUAUCCAUAGGUACACCGAACACCCACCACCCUAAUCACCACUACCACCACCAUCCUCAUCACUACCGUCACUUCUCAUUCACACCGCACACCGUUAUCACUGCUACUGCAUCCACCACCGCCGACGCCACCACCACCCGCGACGAUCGUGGUUUCCGCUACCGAAUCGCCGCCGCACCACCUGAUGGAUCCGCGCCGGACCGUGUGACUGCCGUGGUGCUACAUACGUCGACCGCGACAACACCGGCACUGCAUAGCUCGCGCACCGUUUUUUUUCGCCGACACGACAGGCACACCGACAUUAUUGUCGUCGUGCAACCGUCGACUCGUUGUUCGCCACAUUUCAUCGCGGGAUCAAAUACCGCGUCCGGUUCGAAUAUAUUUUGAUUUGCGGUUGUCCCCCUGCAGGAUAUAUCGCUUUAAAACAGUACAGGACUGCGAGUCCAUCGCCAUGUUGCGCUUCGAAGCAUGUAUGUCAUCUUCCCGGCGGACGAAGUCGUACAGCUGUCAUUCGGUCGACCCACAACCCGUCAGCGUCAACAGCAGCGGUCUGGUCAACGUUGCUAUUGCAACCAACACCGUACUGUCCCAGUCGUGGAUGGCGGUAACAAAUUCUUAAGAGGAGAUCAACCGAUGAACUCAAUGGCCUCAGCGAUGGGUGAUGACCUAUCGCUCAGGGACCUUACGCAUCCGGCACUGAACGAAUCUUUAAAAACGCACAAUGCCGCUACCUUCAAGCUCGUCAAAACAGUGUCUGAUUUCACGCAAGAGUUGUCCCAAAUGUACGAACAACACGCAGCCGAGCUGCAACUGCUAGUCACGAAUUUCAGAAAAAAAAACACCGAUCUCAGGAAGGACAGGCCCUCAUUCCCUAGCCAAUUAUUUUACACAUGGGAGACGUUCCUACAAGAAGUAGAAACGGACUCAAAGUCAAUCAGUGAUGUAGCUAGUGUACUUGGUCGGCAAAUUUCUAGACCACUUUUAGAUAGGUCAUUCCAUCGAAAAGUACAGUCACGUAAGGUAUUCAGUCAAAGGGACUCAUUGGAAUUGAUCCUGCAAAAGUCAGAGGAUAAACUAUCAAAAUGUAGAGAAGAUUACAAACGUUCUUUCCUUGCCCAGCUGUCUUCUCCAAAUAGCUCAGCGUCCUUAUCUUCGUACCUUGAUGCCCACAACGCCUACGUCACACAGCUACAUGCCACCAAUGGUAUGGUCGACCAGUACAACCAAUACGUACUACCACAACUUUUACAGGAAUUAGAAGAUGUUUACUCGGACUUAUGUAUGUCCCUGUCGGACGCGGUUCUCCAAGGAUCCGAUGUCAUAUACAACAAGUCCAGUGAUCAAUCUAAGAGAUACAACGCUCUAGGAUCCCAAUGCAGACAGCUGACACCUGGUUCAGAUUUAACUGCGUUCGCUCGGUCUCUAACGCCACUACCCACUACGCCACACUCGUCACAGCGGACUCGAAACUAUUGUCCGCCACAAGCUCCGGUGGACACUGAGGGAUUGAUCUUGGAACCUGGCGUAACGGAAGCUAUAGCACAACUGGCGUUAAAAAACGAAUUGAUUGUCGACAGGCUGGCCAGCUUGGAUGUGAGAGCUGGAUAUGACACUAUAAGAGCGGAAUUGAUGGACCUCGAGUCUCAGAUGAAACAGAUACAAGAUUCAGUGGAAACGUUUAAGCGCUUACAACAAAGGAGCCUGGAACAGUCAAUGUUUACCAAGGCAAAUGAACUACAAGAGGACAUUAGCAUCAAGAAAUUUGAAUUUCGUACCGCACAAAUGCACCUAGCAGCCGUCAAGUCACAGAAAGAUCUGUUCGCAUCCAAGCUAGAAGCGACCGAAUCAAACGCACGAGAUAGAAAACUAUCGUCGUCGUCCAGUGGCAGUAUGAAAUCCAAAUGGUUGAAGGCCAUCAAAAGCCUGAAGACUACUAGUGGGCCAACUAAUAACAAUACUACACAAAAGGAUGAAAAGAAACACCAAAUGUACCACGCGGUAUCGACCAUAAUUGCAAUGAGGAAAACUGGUCGUGAUGGAAACCCACAGUUCUCGGCCAACACAGAAACGGCGCACCAGUUCCAGGAGUAUACGUAUAAGAAAAUUACACCGUGCGAUUUUUGUUCACAAGUGCUUAGAGGGCACACCAGGCAAGGUCUUAAAUGUCGAGUGUGUAAGAUGAAUGUGCACUUAGACUGCCAGGAGAAAGUUACCACCCGGUGUCAGGUGAAGUCGCGGCUAUUGCGCCGUCAAAAGUCUACGUCUGAGAUCGAGACGAAGAUGGCGGCGAUGAACGUGACGGGCCGCGACGACGACGAAAUAAUUCCCGGUGCGGACGGCGGCGGUGGUAGUGGCGGUGCCGGCGUUGGUGGUGUUGGUGGUGGAGGAGGAGGUGGUAGUGUUGUUGGAAGUGUCAGUGGUGGCGGCGGUGGAGGUGGUGGUGUCGGUGGCGGUGGAAGUGGUUGUGCCAUUGGUGGCAGUCUCCAGCAGCUAGAUGGUGCGGGACAACCGGUCGACCAGGUUUACCAAGUGUUGAAACAAGCCGGCGAGAUCCGCACGUCACCUAGGACGGGUGGUCCUUCCAGUACACGACAGCAGCAACAGAUCAUCGUCGGUGGACCGCCCACCGAACCACUGCCCAGAUCGUCGCCAUCGCAGCAACAACAGCAGCAGCAACAACAACAGCAGCAGCAGCAACAACAUCACCCGCAGCACCCAAACAGUUUAGGUAGACCGGGAACCACGCUGAACGUCACGUCGCCGCCAAUCGCAUCCAGCUCAGCGGAAUCACACGUCGUCGGCACGUCUUCGGCCUCCUGCAGACUCCCGGAAUCGGCAGCACCCAGAAGGCGGAGACUGUUCGGCGGCGUCAAGAGCUUUACAAUGUUCGGUGGCAGGUCCCAAACACAAGGCCGAUCGAUAUCGUUACCCGAAAGCCAGACCACCUGCUAUUCUCAGGGACAAGACAAGCAUUUUUGGACUCGAUCAGUCCCUACCGCUCCACACAGCCCUCGACGACCGAAACUCAAUUCACGUAUGAAGAGCUUUUCGCUGGAUUCGUCGGAUACCGCGGAACAAGCACAAAGGCGACGGAUGGGUGGCAGUUGCACUGGCAGUGGUGGUGGCGGCAGCGGCAGCAGCACUGGACUACAACAGCAGAUGGAAAGCUAUUCAAAUCCUUCGUCCUCAUCUAGAUUGCAAUCUCCAUCUAGCCCAGUACACAACCGACGUCUGCUGUCAACCAGGACCAUACGGAUGAGCUCCGUCGAAUUACCCGACGACAACGAUAAAUCACUGUCGUCGGCAAGUACGUCUCCGUGCCCGUCGCCGGUGAGAUAUUCACAAAAACCACACAGGCUGUUACCAAAUAAUCUCUAUGUGGUGCUGUAUAAUUUCAAAGCUCGCCGAGAAGACGAACUGGAUUUGAAGGCAGGAUACAAGGUGACCGUUAUCGAUACAUCGGACCCGGCCUGGUGGAAGGGUAAAUGUUUCGGUCGCGUCGGUUACUUUCCAUAUAAUUACGUGACCAAAGUGCAGCCUGGAGAGAGGCCGUGGCAAGUCACAAUUAAUUUACAGGUGUUGGACGUUGACAAUAAUCCACUCACAUUGCUGAGAGAUCAGAUUGUUAUCCAAAUUGGUGAAGGUCCCGACGGCUCGGUAAUGAUCCGGAACGCAGAGAACAAACAGGGAAUGUGCCCGGUGAAGUUCCUGCAAGAGGUGUGACAAUUGAGUGAGCGAUACGUGACGCAUCGCUUUUCUAUGUCUCGACGACCUUUCUUGAGCCCAUCUUUGCCCUCGGACUACGAGAGAUACGACGACGACCGGCCUUGCGGUCGUCGGCAUUCCAACUCGCAGAACCGACCGCUAUUGGUGAUCGGUCAACGUUGAAACAAUCCGCGACGCCGAAUUAUACACAUACACACACACCCACACACACACACACACACAUAUACAUACAUACAUUUAUACAAAUACUAAAAUUUACACUCACACACACACACACACAAAGAUAUUAUAAAAGAUCAUGUAAGCAAUACCACGAUUCUGUAUCCUCAACACCCUCCUUAAACAACUUCCUCGUGGCCGAAGAAACUAGCUCACUACCAACCAGUAGACUACCACCACCGUUGCCAAAUUAUACCCCAUCCGCCUCUCUCGUUCUAUUUUGUUGUACAAUAGUACAACACUGAUAUUACGUUCGUCCACGAUACAGCGAAAAUAUUAUAAUAAUAAUUCUCCGUGUUGCCUACUCGUUAUAUGCUUAUUUGUGGAGCAUGUAUAACGUGUGUGCGUGUGUGUUGUUGUUGUUAUUACUUAUUCAAUCGAUUUAUAGAAAACUGUAUACCCUCUUCAUAUUCGUGCCAGAACUAUAUUAUGUUUUAUAUAUAACGAUUCAACGACUCAUCUUCAUCCCUAUACAUAUACAUAUACGUAAAACUUCUAUUUUAUACGCGAACACACAUAAUAACAUUAUAAAUAUAUUAUGUAAACAAAAAUGACGACCAAUUUUCUUGAAAAAAAUCUAACGAAAAAAAAUGUAUUAUUCUAGCAUAUUAUUAUAAACACGAUCUCUCUGUAAUAACAUAAUUUAUUUUAGUCUGCAGAGAAAUCCUCACUUUUACGCGUGUGUAAAAUCAAGAAACAUAAUCAUUUUGUAAGUCUUUUAGGCUAAAACAAUAUUUUAACGUAAUAUUCAUACAACUAUAUUAUAUUAUAUUAAUAUUUUAUAUUACUAUAUUAUAUUGGUAUAAUGGCCUAGAUUUGGAUUGUGUUUUACCGGCUGUCCACCCAUAUUUAUUUUUUUUAUUUCUAAAGAAAUGUUAUCAAAAAAUACUAUCACAACCAGACACUUAGACAUAUUAUAAUAUUAUUGGUUUUAAUAAUCGUUUAGCUAUGUUAUGUGUAUAAAUUAUACACUUUAUCGUACGAAAAGCUAUAAAUAUAUAUAUACAUAAUGUUAUUUUGUGGUUAAAACUAUUAAUAAUAAUAUAUAAACCAAAAAAAAAUGUAUUAACCUUACGCUGAGUAAUACUUUUUGUCCGUCACUCUGCCGUUUCGGAUAUGGAGAUAAUUUACUAUAUAUUAUAUAUUAAUAAUAUAUUAAGUUAUAAAAAAAAUUUGAAAAAUAAAAAUAUUUAUAUUUAGGGUACCUCGCGUGUCCCCGCUAUGGCCCAAAUUAAAUUUAUAAAAAAACAAUCUUCGACUGCUGUCUCUAUAAUAGUAUAAAUAUAAAUUCAUGUUAUAUAAGAUUAUAUGUGUAAUGUGUAUAUAUUGGUACUUCCGGUAUGUUCUUUUACACAAUAAUAAUAAUACGCUACUCUCCGCCCGUUGAUUUUUGAGCUUCUGAUACCCGUCCAUUGUCCAUACCAAGCAAACACACACUCAAACAUACAUUCAUAUAAACUUCCUACACAAUAUUAUACUAUUAUGAGUGAUGAACGUAGGCUUAAUAUUUUUUUCUUCUGUCGUACUGGGAAACAAUUACAAUAAUACUAUAUUUUAUCAUGCUGGCGAUAAGCAAAACCUCAUAAUAAUUUUCUACAAUGUUUAAAUUAUAUGUACAAUUGUACAAUGCAUAUUAUAAUAUUUAUAUACCUAUAAUCCUACACAUACUAUAUGCGACUAAAAAGAAAUAUGUGUACAAGUAUAAAAAUAUGUAAAAUAUGAAAGUUUUUCUCUCGCUUUUUAUGAACCGUGAUUAUUAUAAUAUACACGUGCGAGGCGUGACCGAGAAAGAUAACCUAGCUGAUUUUCGCUUUACGCUUGACUUAAUCAAUCGACACGCAUACGAUAAACCAAGUUUAUCCAUCACAAACAUAUUUAGACUUGUUGGGAGACUGGAUUAUAACUUUACUGUUCAGCAUUCUACGUGAUUAUCAUUCUGUCCUUCAACAAAAAUAAAAUAUUCUACUUUAAUUCGCCACCCAGUCACCUAGAACAUAAGUAUGGUAACUCAUAAACUGCCCAUUUCGAGAUACACAUUAUCUCUCUUAAUUUAAAACUAAACAUGCUUGAUAAAUACUGUUUGUAUAACUUUAUACAAUAUGUAAUGGGUACCCAGCAAAUUAUAAGAUUAAGUGUAUCCAUAAUUAUCUUGAUACUCAUAGUACCUAUUCAAUAUUAUAAUACAUCUUUUAACUCGAUUGUUUAGUGAACAAGACGUAUCACAUUUAACGGACAUUGUACUGUUAUUGAGCUCUAAAUCCCGCAUUUGUCCAGCAUCGGUAAAAAUUAAAAAUAUUUUUUUUUCAAUUUAUUUUGUAUGAUAAAAUAUAAACAUCAUCAAUAAUUGUUUAUAAAAUUGACAUAAUUUAUUAUUCUUACAUGAAAUAUUUGGUUAUAUUUUAAACACAUAAUAUACUUUUAUACAAAGAAAUAGUAUUCAGACGUUAUUGUCGAACACUGAUAAAAUGUUAGUUAAUUGGCGUAAAGCAACAAUAAGUAUGUUUUUUAGCUUUACCCAAUAGUUAUUGCCAAUUCUUAAAUAAAAUUUAUAAAGUAUGUCACCAUUUUGGCCGUUUUAGACAGGAAUACAUAUAAUGAUACUAUAGUGGCUAAUACACUUAUUGUGUCUUAAUGGUAGGACAAUAUUAUGUAUAUCAGAUUAAUCAAACAUACAAGUAAACUUAAUGCUAAAAACUGUAUUAUCUUUUAUGGAAUCGGCACUUACGAGAAUAACUUCAACCUGAAAAAAUAUAUACACUGUAGAAAUGGUUAAACAUUUGACAUAAUAUAUAUAUAUAUAUAAUGUAAAGCACAAUCGGGUACAUCCGAGUACACGCCUUAUAUCUUCGUAAAUUAUUUAAUAUGUAUAUACCCAGUUCGUCGAUGAAUAUUAAAAUCUACAAGACUGUAAACUUAACGUAAUAUUUUUUUUUAUAUAUAUAUACGCUUGAAAUAUUAACAAAAUACUCUGAAAUAAUUGUUAAAAAAUUGUAUAAACAUAAUAAUUUCCGCCUCAGUCGAUAUUAACCUUAAAAUAAAUAACAUAAAUUAUUUAAUCUUCUUUGACUUCGCAUUAACUAAAAAAACUGAAAUGUGUCUUACAAAUAAUAUACAUAAAAUAUAUUUUAAUAGUUAAACUAAUUUUGAAAUAUAAUAUAAUGAAUAAGGGGAAUUCGAAAAAAAGUGUAGGUAUGAAUUUUAUAGUCCAAAAAUGAACAACUAUACACGACUUUUGUAUGCAUAAUCACAAUUUAAUAUAUAUACUCAUAUAUAUGACUCUCACAUAUGUCCAAACGAUGUUAUAGUAUUUAAAAACGGCGCCAACAGUAGCGUAUAUAUUAUAUGUUGGAAUAUUAUACGUACUCGUAUAUCGUGUCCUGUGCAUUAUUGUACUUUUAUGUAUUAUACACAUAUACUUAUAUAAUAUAUAUAUUAUAUUAUCAUGUGCAGCAGUCACACUCACCUGAACAUUGUAUACCACGUUACCUAUAUAAAAAUAUGCUUUUGUUUUAUAAAAUACAUAGUAUUAUUAUUAUAUAAAUUAAUUGUAUAAGAAAAUAAACGCUAAUGCUAAAUAAUACAAAAUGUAUGUAUUGCUCUUUUGUACUUGUUUAUUUUAUUUUAAUUUCUAUCAUUAUUUUUUUUUAUUUCUGUUAAAAUUGUGUUAACGUUAAAAUAUGUAUUGAACUGUUUUUUCUAUAUAUGUAUGUAUAAAAACCGCGUAUAUUUGGGCCGCAAGAGAUACGUGAUGUGGUUUCAUUCUCGAGCGGCCAUCAUUGACUUAUAUAUUAAAUUAUAAUAUAUAUAAUACAUUAUUUAUAUGCCUAUUAAAUAAUAAUAUAUUCUAUGUAUUGUACACCUACUCGCCGCCCUUCCACUUAUGAGCUUACGGAUUACGCGUAACGCCCAUAUAUUACCUGUAAUGUGGGUUCGUUUGCACCACGAGAAAUUUCUUAGAAAAUUGAAAUCUGAAAAAUGUUUUUAAAAAAUUAAUAUGAUAUAAUAGAUGAAUACAUAAUUAUAAUAAUGAGGUAUUCUCGCGAAUAUAUUUUAAUGAAAACAAUAGAUGGUAUCUGUAUCAGACGUGCGUAAUUAAAUAAGUCCAUGAAAAUCAUUCAUUCUAUUUUUUGCUUCGUAUUUUUCACCCAUCGCCCGGAAAUACCGAUCGACACGUCCGACGUGUGCCAACGCAAAUUUCCGUACCUACACGAUAAUAAAUCGUCCGAUUCAGAAACAAACAAAAUGUAUGUGCGUGAAUAACAGGACUAGCGGAAGGAGGAGGGCGUAGGGUAAAAUUGUGAUCAAAAGUCGAUUUUUUUACGCCCAUAAUGAUAAUAAUAUGAUAUUAAUUAUGUAAUUUGUUACACGAUCGUUAUUGUUUAUUUAUGAAAAAUAAUAUAUACAUUAUGUAUACAUAAUAUUAUUAUUAUUACUUCUAUAUAUGAUAUUAUUAUUUGUAUUAAUUUAACUAGAUAUAUAAAUAUAUCUACUUUACACACAUAUACACACACACACACACACUACACACAUACACACCCGCGUGUUAUCGAUUAUAUAACCCAUUUGUUAAAUGUAUAAUAAUAAUUUAUGUAAUAAUUAUAUUAUAUAUAUUUAUAUAUAUAUAUAAUAUGAUAUAUAUUGUGAGAUACGGCAAACGUUGCACUCAGUAAAUUUACACGUUGAUGAUUUAUAAUAAUAUUAUGUUAAAUAAAAUAUAUAUAUGUUAAACACAAUAAUUGCACGGAAAUCAAAAAUAAUAAUAAUAAUAAUAAAAAAUUGUAAAACGGAACAGAGAUAAUCGGAGUAUUAAAAAAACGCGCACAAAAGUAUAACUUUAUAAAUAUUAUAUAAAAUAUUUCAUUAUGUGUUUAUCACGAAAAUUAAUAUAUAUAUAUAUAUAUAUUAUAUAUGUACAUAUUAUAUAUACAUAUAUACACAUAUAUAAAUAUACAUGUUAUAUAUUUUAA